UCAGAUUAAUGAUCAUUAAUCUGAGGACCUACCAAGGCCAAGUUGUGGAAAGCGAAACUAGUUACAGCUACUGGACUUGUUUUAAAGAUUUUUAAAUUAAUUUCUUAAAUAUAAUGGAGGAUGAAAAUAGUGAAGGUCCUUUUACCGUAUGGCAAAUGUUCAAUGCUCCUACCAUGGUUUUAUUCAGUAAUUUGGAGCAUGCAGGUGAUGGACUUGAGAGACUGUUAACCUCUAUUGUAAAACUUUCUGGUGAUUUUUCUGAAGUACUGGUUCCACGACCAGGAUCCAAUAGAUAUCCUGAUGAAUAUUACUGUAGCUUUAACACGUGGCUCCUUGGCAGACUAUUUUACGUAUGGUCUGUUAAAGAACUUGAAAAAAUUCAUAUAUUAAGCAAAGAUGCUCAGUUGAAGGUUAUUAGUAUACUAUGCAUUAAUGGGGCUACUUUCUAUAAGAAGAUACAUAUGCAAUACACAAGUGCCUUAGUCAAAUUAAUUGAUUAUUAUAAAAACCACAAAAAUAAUUCAAAUGAACUUGAAUUAGAAAACUUUAUAGUUGACAAAAUAAGUAUACACAAUACACAACUUAAUUUAGAACCAAUCUACGUAAAAGUGAAAGAUAUAGAAACUUGCAAAACGUUAAUAGAUCUCACAUUACAGCUCUUGUCUCAGAGUAUUCCUUUGAAUUCUGCUAACAUUGAUAAGUAUCAAAUUGAGUUUAGUGAGUUGUUUUCUUGCAUACUAUAUAUGUUGGAACACUACAGUAUCGACUUAAAGCUGAUGUGUUUGAGAUUUUUUGUUGAUUUGAUUACAAAUUAUAAUGAAUGUGCUGUGGAUUUAUUCCACAAUGUUUUCCCUGAUACCUUAGAAGGUGUUCUUAAAAACUUUGAGUCACAAAUGAAUUCUGCCAAUAUUCUUUUUGAAAAGGGUGAAUUAAGUUUUUUACAUGUGGAUAAAAUACAAAAGGUAUUUGAAGAUUUGUUAAAGUUACCAGAAGUUUUUUAUAAACAAUAUAAGGAUAUCUUGCAGAACAUUUUUGUUAUUAUUCUUAGCAUGAAUGAACAUAAAAUGUUUAGCAAAGAACUGAUAUUGAGAUGUUUAUCAUAUAGUAAGGAAAUUGAAUUACCUCUACAUUUGAUUGACAUACAAAACAUGGAUGGAAAAGAAAUUAAAAUGGUGAAACAUUGUUAUGUACACAAUAUAUUGAUGUUCAUGCGUGAUAAUAAAGAAAAAAAUAUAAAUUUCAAAGAUAAUUGGUAUUAUGUUCAAGUUUUUUCUGUUAUGAACUCAUUAAAAAAUUGUGAAGAUACUAAUAUUGAUUCAUUUGUUGUGAAUUAUCAUUUACAAAGGUGUUCCAAAGUUUUAGAAAUACUACAAAAUGUUUAUAUAGAAAGCCACAAAAGUCUGAAGAAAAAUAAAAGUUCUUCAAAAAAUAUAAGUUCUUCAAAAAAUAUACUACCCUUGGAAAUGGUGAAGUUAAUAGAGAAAGCACUAGCUAUAACAAUAGAGAAUCAUAGAGACAAAAUCUUAUUAAAUAAAGGUUCCAUUGAAAGUGUAAUGAAUAUCAUAUUGGGUGUAUGUGUAAUCUCUGAACAAGUUUUAAAUAGAGCAAGAAAUUUAUAUAGUAUACUCUGCAUGAAAAGUGAAUUUGGUUUUACAAAAUAUGAUUUUAGUUAUUCAGAUGAUUACAAAAUCCUAGUUUUGAAAUACAUGCUGCUAGCAACCAUCUUUACUAAAACCCCUUAUAAUUCAAUUCCUGAAUUCAGGGAGGCACUUCCUUUUCUAAUGGAGAAUCUUAUGAAAAUAAAAACAUCACAUAUUUACAAAGAGAUUAUCAUGUUAUCUCCAUUGCUCUUGAGUGUGAAAUAUUUGUCUGCAAGCAGUCUCAUUGCAGAAAUAUUUAUGCCAGCUUGGCUCACAAAAGAUAUUGACAUUCAAAGAGCUAUUAUAAUAAUUUUACCAGCUAUUGUAUGUAUGAGCCUAGGAAAAUAUAUGAUAGGUCUACUUACUGCCUCUGAAAACAAAGGGCACUUGAUUUUCACUAAUGAAGGUUUUAAUAUUUCUGUAAUUUGUUCGAAUUGCCACUUUGAAAUUGAGAAGAAAGAUUGUAUACAUUUUGUAUUACAGUCACAUAAUAAUCUUGUUGAAUCUGGAAGCUCUUCUACUGUCAAAGGACUGAAAAAAUUAUUUUCCAAAUUUGCCAAUUGGAAACAGUACACAGAUGCUUUAAAAACUGAAUAUUGGUAUUUAAUAUCAAGACUUUGCAAGCAUUUCUAUGUUUUCGAAUAUGGGGUACCUAUAGAUAUAAUAACUGUAGAAAAUUGCCAAGAAAUUCACUAUGCUCUUCAACCAUAUUUGUCUGAUUCCUUGGCUACAGUCGAUACAGAAUGGAGUUCCCAUAAAGAUACAGCACUACAGUUGUGUAUAAACUUACUGGUGCAGGCAACCCAACAAAGCUUGGAGAUCAACAAUUUUACACAGCAGUCACAAACAUUGCACCUUAUAAAAAAAUUUGGCUGUAAUCCUAAUGACAAUCUCAUUUUACCUGCUACUAAGUUAUUGAUAUAUUUCAUUAUGCACCCACAGUGUUCAUUGGGGUCUAAAGCUGUUGUAUAUUUGAGAGAUAUUUCUGAAGCUCAAGGUUAUACCCCUAAUCAAGUAUACCACCGAUACAAGAAAGAUUAUUGUCGGCUGUUCGUAGAAUGCAGUCUUUACAAUGGUAAAGACUUUGCUAUUGCUCUUCUGAAAGUUGUAAGAGCAUUUGGAUUUGUGGGUUACAGAGAUUUUAUUUCAAAAGAUGUUCAUCAUUUUUUACCAUAUCUAAUUCCAUAUGUUGUCACUAUUAGAGAAGUACCAGCAAUGAUUGAAGAGAUCGCGUCAUUAGUACAGUGUUCAAAAUCGGAAUUUUUGAUUGAAAGAUUUCCCCAUAUUUAUGUUCAUAUUUAUUUGAACGAAACAAAUGAAGUAGCCAAGAAAUGCUACGAUAUAUUAGAAAAAAUUACCAGGACCUCCAUUCUAAGUUUGAUUAAAAAACACUUUAGGGUUAUUUUGACAGAAUUUUUAUUGCAAUACUGUUGUAAUCCUGAAAAAGUAUUGAAUGCUUGUAAAUAUUUAGCAUGCCAUGAUCCUGACAUAUCAGCAUCCAGUGGUAGCCCUGGCAGUAUGUCGAUGACGACGUCUCAAGUAGCGGAUUUCCUGAAUCCGAAAUUUUUGGGGGUACUUGCCUAUUUUGAUCACAAGCUGGUAAAUGCAAAAGUAGCUUUGUCUGUAAAGCGAAAAGCGCUGAAGAGUUUUCCCGAUAUAAUGAUUUUGAUGGGCUCUAAAUACCUGACACCAUUGCGGUUUAAAGUGCUGGCUACUUUGAGAUCUGCUCUUCAUUUAGUCAAGGAGUUUCCGAAAAUCCUUGCAGAGGCUUGGGGUGCAUUUAUACACAAUAUAGACAGCAUGUCCCUAGGUCCGCUUUUAUCGAACCUUGCAGUUUCUUUAUUGCAACAGUUAGAAUUCGCUCCACAAGAAAUUAACAAAAUAUUUCAGUAUCUUGUCCUAAACUUUGAAAAUUUGCUGAGUUCGCACAUACCUGAUUUGUUUUUCUUGGAGAAUAGCAAUAUAUCUGAGAAAGUAAAAGCAGUGAUAAAGAGGCACAUAAAAAGGACACAGCCUGAUGGAUUCCUUGAUAAAGUGAAAUGGUAUCUGCAGUACUUGAAUCAGGAUAUACCUACAAUUAAAGCAUGCGCUUUCAACCACAUGGAUAAACUAUUGAAGAGUGAUAGGACGGAAAUACAUAAAGCAAUAUUUAGCGGAAGGAAUAUCGACCCUAUUAUGGUGGAGCUUAUUGAUUCACUUUUGCUUGGCUGUAAAGACCCAGAUCUUCAAGUGAGUGCGGCGAGCGGUACGUGCCUCGGCCAACUAGGUGCUAUCGAGGCCGGCCACCUGCCCCGUCGGUACGUGCAGCCGGACAGAUCGCCUUACGCCUUCUCUAUAGUGGACAACUGCUUCGCGGCGACAGCUUUGGUUGAACUGGCUAGAGCGUUCCAGUAUGAGAAAGAUACAAUGAAUAUGGACUGUUACGCUCUGACUAUCCAAGAGAUUUUGAAAAUAUACGAGAUUUCUCCAAGUGGCAGCAAAAAGGAUGUUUGGGACAGUUUUCCAGAGCACAUGCAUCAGAUAAUGUUUCCUUUGUUGAGUUCCAGGUAUACUCUAGCUUAUCCUUCGCAACCGAAAAAAGUACAUCCCCUGUUUGGGUCACAAUAUGCAACUACAUUUUUGGAAUGGGCUCAUAAUUGGGCCGGUCAGUUGAUUCCUUUAAUCGAGUCUGAGAGUAUUCGCGAACUUUUGCGCACGGUUCACCCGAGCAUGCGUCGUGACGUCAGAACGCUGUUCCUCUUCCUGCCCUAUGUGUUGUUGCAUGCCGUCAUGUCUAAGAACAACGCAAAUUAUAUAGAAGAGGAAAUGUUGGCUGUUGUAGGCUUAGAAAACUUCGAGAACAGCAAUGUAUCCACUGAAAGAUCUAAGUACAAAAUAUUACGUCACAUUAGAAUGACGCCAAAUGUGAAUUCUGUACAAAUCGAAGAAGGCAAUCAGAGUAAAUGCAGUAAAACAGUUUAUACUUUAUUGGAUUUCCUAAAUCGAUGGAUAUUAGAAUGGUGUCAUUCGAAGCAAAGACCGCUGGAAAACGAGAAUUACAAAGCGAUUGCAUCAUUCCUGGAGAAAUUCGAUAAAUUAACGAUUGCUCGAGGUAACUUCCUUUGUGGCGAACUAGAGCGCGCGUUACAAUAUCUGGAAUUGUAUAUGGUAGAGGAAAGUGGUAGGAUGCAAGAACAGUUGCCUCUGCUGGCUGAAAUCUACGCCUUGUUGGACGAACCGGAUGCAGUAGCGGGAAUCCUAUCAAUAAAACGGUCUGAGCCUUCUUUGAAAGAGUUGAUACUCGCUCAAGUGGUAACGGGGCGCUUACAGGAUGCUGCGUUGUGCUACGAAAGACUCGCUCAGGAAGGCCAGCUGGAUAAGCAUAGUUUGAGGGGCAUGAUAGACUGCUACUUAGGAUUAGACCAACCGUUUACAGCUUACCGACUACUGAGCGAACACGAAUCCGAAGACAGUAUGAUGGAGUUAGCGGCCGAACCGCUAUGGCGACUCGGAAGGUUCGAUCAAUUAGAAGAAUUGGUCAAGAAACCAGUGCCUUUAUGUCGAGAAAACUGGGGUCUUCUAAUGGGAAGGAUACUGCUUGCAUAUCGUUCCCAAGAUUACGAACAGUUUGAGAUAUCGUGCAAAGACGCGAAUAGCAGGCUACUGACACAAAUGGACGGCGAGAGUAAAGGCGAGAGCGCUUUACGAAGCGGAUACCAGAGUGUUCUAGGUCUACAUAUAAUCACUGAAGUCAAACAUUCCAAUGAGGCUGUUAACAGGUUAAAGACAGGUAGUGACGGAGAUAGACAUAGCACUGAUAUAAUAAAUCAACUGUUAGACGUAUGGCGGCAACGACUCUCUGUGGUGCAAUCCGAUGUAAGGACUAUCGAGCCGUUGCUGAGACUUCGACGAAUCUUGCUGCAUCAAACACAGGAAAUGCUACAGACAACACAUCCAAAUACGGCGGCUAGGCUGAAAGCUUGCAUCGGCGAUCUGUGGUUGGAAAGUGCGAAGCACGCUCGAAAAGCUGGAAUAUUUCAACAAUCUUACAUGUACAUUUUAAACGCUGAGGAAUAUCAUCCGGAAGAGUUGUUCAUAGAGAAGGCCAAAAUGUACUGGGCUCGGGGACAGCACGAGCCGGCUUUUACGACGCUGCGACGAGGGCUCGACGAGGUCUAUCCGAAUAUUGAACAACUUACUAAUGAACAAAGGAAAAUUUGCGCCAAAGCUAAACUGUUGAUAGCCAAGUACAAUGAUGAGACUACAAAUGUGGAUGUAGAUGUGAAUAUUGGCUACUACAAGGAGUCCGUCGAUGUAUUCAAGCAAUGGGAGAAGAGUUUGGUAUGUCUUGGUUCGUAUUACGAGAAAGUGGGUAGUCCAGACACUGUGAGCAGUACAAAUAUUAUGUGGACGCGACGACUUCAUGCGCUCAAUAGCUACGGCAAAGCUCUGCAAUACGGCCACAAAUAUCUAUAUCAGAGUAUGCCUAGGAUGCUUUCCAUUUGGCUAGAUAUGGAAGUGACGUCGCAUGAUACAAGUGCGCACUCUGUUUUAGCACAAAUGACUGAGAUUAUAAAAACCUAUUCUGAGAGGUUGCCACUCUACCUUUACCUUACUGCGUUUUCUCAAAUCGUGUCGAGAAUUUGUCAUCCUGUUAAAGAGGUCUACCUCCAACUGAAAGCGAUAAUAGUGAAACUGAUUCUGGCAUACCCUCAACACACUCUAUGGAUGAUGAUGUGCGUAAUAAAGUCUAGUUACCCGACUCGUAUGAAGAGAUGCGCCGACGUAUUCAUAGACCCGAGACUUAAAGAGCCGCAUAUGCUGAAACUAGUCAAUGACUUUACAGACCUCGCUGUCAAACUUAUAGAGCUGUGCAAUAAACCUAUCACGGGGGGAGGAUCCACAACAACGGUGUCGUCCCUUGUUCGCACUCUCCCCCGUCUUCUCGCCAGCGAUAACUUCAGUCACAUAAUGAUGCCAUUCCAAGAGUUCUGUAAGAUCGUGCUGCCUUCGAAGGCAGCGCGCCAGGAACGUAUCGACUUCAACAUUCCGGUGGAACCACCCGUCUACAUAGCGGGUGUGGAAGAACAGAUCACUAUACUACCGUCUCUACAGAAACCAAGGAAGGUUACAUUGAAAGGUUCCGACGGCAAAUCUUACAUAAUAAUGUUGAAGCCCCGCGACGACCUUCGCAAAGACUAUCGUCUCAUGGAGUUCAAUGGAGUCGUGAACAGAUUCUUACAAGACGCACCGGAUACGCGUCGCAGAAGACUUUAUAUAAGGACGUACAGCGUUCUACCGUUAAAUGAAGAGUGCGGCCUGAUCGAGUGGGUACCCAAUUUGGUUGGUUUGAGACCGAUACUUAUGCACAUUUAUAAGCAGAAAGGUAUUCACACGAGCAAUCGCGAAUUGAAAGAAAUGAUGUGCUCGAGCAAAGACCCGGUGGAGAAGAAGCGGCGUAUGUACGAAGACCAGCUGUUGCCGAGACACCCGCCCGUAUUCCAGGAAUGGUUCCGGCGAGUUUUUUCGGAUCCUUAUGGAUGGUAUCAAGCUAGAUCAGCAUAUAUUAGAACCACAGCUGUCAUGUCCAUGGUUGGGUACAUAUUAGGUCUCGGCGACAGGCACGGUGAGAAUGUAUCCUUCGACUCGACGAACGGUGACACAGUACACGUAGAUUUCAACUGCCUAUUCAACAAGGGCGAAGCUUUCGAAUGGCCGGAGCGCGUGCCCUUCAGACUCACGCACAACAUGGAGGCGGCUAUGGGACCGUUGAAACACGAGGGCAUGUUCAGGAAAAGUUGUGAGGCCGUGAUGCGCGCGCUGAGAGCUCAAACGGCCGCGCUUAUGUCUGUCAUCGGCCCGUUUGUUUACGACCCGCUGGUGUCUUGGGGCCGCGGCAGGAAUAUCGAUACUGGCGAGAGAACCAACGAGCAGGCUUUGCAGCAUCUGCAACAUAUCAGACAACGUUUGAACGGAAUGGUACGUACGAAAAAUAAGCAACUAUCGCUAUCAUUGUCCCCUGAGGGACAAGUGGAACACUUAAUAGUCGAAGCUACCAGCGUACAUAAUCUGUGUCAAAUGUACAUUGGAUGGGGACCCUUCUUGUGAUUAACGAGAAUAUUUUUUAUAAAUAUUUCGCAGGCUGUGUUAUUUUAGUCUUAAGAGAAAAUUAAUAAAGGUAUUUUUUUAUUGAUAUAGA